AUAUAAUAUAAUAUGUACAUACUUAAACUACUCUCUUAUCUAUGGGCAGGUACCCCACGAAAUAAAAUAUCCUGAAAAUCCUCUUGUCAACCACAAAACUGCUAACACAACGCUCACGAAAAAUAAAGUCCAUCGUUGGAGGGGGAAAAACAAAUUUUCAUAGCCGGGAUGUACGACCGAGAUUGAAAAGUUUACCAUAGUUAACGUCUUAUACAUAGUUAAUUGGAGUCGGUUUGAGUGGUAGUGAAUUAACGUGAAGCAACCGAAUUGAAUUGAGUCCAAUUGAUUCUGUUUUUAUUAAGAAGCAUAAAGUCAAAGUUAAAGUUAUCGUAUGAGUUCAGGAAAUACUAACCCAAACCCAAACCCAAACCCAAACUUAUCUCCAUCGGGAGGUAUAAGGCUUCCACCAAUAUCAUUUCUAUCUGGAAGUGUACCAGGAGGUCUGGGUAAGUUACCAUCAGCCAGUAAUUUGGGUAUAAGUAACUUUUUAAAUAAUGCAGACGACGAUGUUCGUGUAAAACAAGAAGAAGUGCCGCAUCAACAGCCACCUCAACUCCAUCAAAUAGAACAUCAACUGCUGCUGCACCAACAACAAAUAUCUCCAUCUACUCAAUCUGUAGUACCAACUCAACCACAAAAAGAUAUUCAACAUCAAUCUCAAACUCAGUCUCAACAGCAACAGCAACAAUUACAUCAAGAUCAAUCUCAUCUGACUAACCCACAUCAUCACCAUCAUCAUCAUCACGCGCAUCCCCAGAAUCCUCAUCAUCACCACCACCAUCACCAUCAUCAUCAUCACCAUCAUCAUCCCAAUGGUGUAGAUGGUGCUGCUAAUGAAUCCACUAAUGUGAAUGAACCAAUAGGUACUGUUUCUGCUACUCCAAUAGUUAAUGCUGAACAAAUUCAAGAACCAACACUUAAAAAGCAAAGAACUGAUAAUCCUCUACCAAUAACAUUUAAUGUUGCACCUAUACAAGACAUAAUAAAAGAAUAUUUCCCAAAUCUUCGUUAUUUAGGGAGUGUCAUAUAUAAUCCAACUACUACAUGGGAAACUGUACAGAUCAAAACUUUGUAUGGGUUAAAACCCGAACAUGUAGAAAGAUUCAGAGAGAUUCAAGAAUUAUUUAAAGAGAGAAAACAUGAAGAGACUAUCAAAUAUAUUCCAAGUAUUUUACCAUUACCCUUAGAAUAUGUCAAUAAUAUAAUUGAAGUUAAAAUUCCUUAUCGAUUUAUUAAAAGAUUUUUGUUAAUUAGUGAUAAUAAAAAGAGAGAAAUUUGGGGUGGAAUUAAUGGUAUAUAUACUGAUGAUAGUGAUAUAUUACAAAUAUUACAACAUAUUGGAUUCUUUAAUGGGAAAAUUUCAGGAUUAGGUCCAUGGAAUGAAGAUUGGGAUUUAAAAGGUAUUGUUAAGCCAUUACCAAGAAUUGGUAAAGAGAUUGAAGGAGAAAAACCAGAACCAGAAUCAGAACAAACAGUAUUGGGAGACUUAUCUGUUGAAGUAUUAUUAUUACCACCUAUUCUUAAGUACUAUGGAUAUUAUAAUAAUGGAUUGAAUUCUCGUUCAUGGCAUAAUUUAAAUAAGCAUCAAGGGUUAUCAAUUGCUAUUUAUAAUAUUAAAUGGGAGAGUCAAGGACUGGUUUAUUAUGAUCGAUUAAGUUCCAAACAAUAUAAUAAAGAAGAACAAGUCGAAAGAAAACUAGUUAAUGAUGAAUCCAGUCAUGAAAGAGAAGGUUGGAAAUUCAAUUACGAAUAUUAUAAACUGAUUAAGGAAAAGUAUGAUAAGUUGAAAGAACAGGAGAAAGAAAAAGAAAAAGAAAAAGAAAAGUAAAAAGUAAAAGAAAGUGAACAAAAACCAAAGGCUUGAUUGAAGGGAGAAUUAACUA